AGUUAGGCUCAGUUUCCAGUCUGUUCCCAAACUUGGAUGUUGACCUUUGGGGAGUGAGUUCCAAUUAACGUAACGGAAAGGGUCCCAACGGGCUCUCUAUUUUCCUUUCUGUAACUUUCCAGCGUAGGCUACACUUGAGGAUGGGCGAUUGGAGCGCUCUUGGCCGUUUGUUGGAUAAGGUCCAGGCCUACUCCACUGCCGGGGGGAAGGUGUGGCUCUCUGUCCUCUUCAUCUUCAGAAUCCUGGUCCUGGGCACGGCAGUAGAAUCCGCCUGGGGAGAUGAGCAGUCUGCUUUCAAAUGUAACACCCAACAACCUGGUUGCGAGAACGUCUGCUAUGACAAAUCCUUCCCCAUCUCCCACGUCAGAUUCUGGGUCCUCCAGAUUAUCUUCGUGUCAACCCCGACCCUACUUUAUCUGGCUCAUGUCUUUUACCUGAACAGGAAGGAACAGAAAUUGAACAGGAAAGAGGAAGAGCUGAAAGUUGUACAGAAUGACGGAGGAGAUGUUGACCUCCCGCUGAAGAAAAUCGAAAUGAAAAAGCACAAGUACGGCAUUGAUGAGCAUGGCAAAGUAAAGAUGAAGGGGGCGCUGCUGAGAACCUACAUCGUCAGCAUUUUUUUCAAGUCCCUCUUUGAGGUGGGCUUUCUUGUGAUCCAGUGGUACAUAUACGGCUUCACCCUGUCGGCGGUCUACACUUGCGAGAGAGAUCCAUGCCCGCAUAGGGUGGACUGUUUCCUGUCACGUCCCACGGAAAAGACCGUCUUCAUUAUCUUCAUGCUAGUGGUUUCUCUGGUGUCCUUGCUUCUCAACGUCAUUGAGCUCUUCUAUGUGUUUUUCAAGAGGAUCAAAGAUCGUGUGAAGGGCCAACAGCAACCCACUCUCUAUGCUAGUGGGGGCACUUUGAGCCCGACCCCCAAGGAUCUCUCCACGACCAAGUAUGCUUACUAUAACGGCUGCUCUUCCCCUACUGCCCCACUCUCACCCAUGUCUCCUCCAGGUUACAAAUUGGCCACAGGAGAGAGGGGUACAGGGUCUUGUCGUAAUUUUAACAAGCAGGCCCAUGAACAGAACUGGGCCAACUAUUCCACGGAGCAGAACCGCCUUGGCCAGAUUGGAGGAGGAGGGAGCACUAUUUCAAACUCCCAUGCACAAGCCUUUGACUUCCCCGACGAUACCCACGAGCAUAAGAAACUGCCCUUAUCAGCCGGACACGAAAUGCAGCCUCUGCCCUUGAUGGACGCUCGGCCCUGCAGCCGGGCCAGCAGUCGGAUGAGUAGCCGGGCCAGGCCAGAUGAUCUAGACGUUUAAACCUGGCUGGCAGCCUGAGAAUCAGGAAACGAUCACUUAGGUUUAAGCAGAAGCUGGGCCUAACCUCAGUUACUGUUUUUGUCGUAGAGACUCUUGGGCUACGUUGACACUGCCCAAUGUCCAUCGCCAGAAAUGACCAGUUUAUGAUUCAAGUUUCAAGUGGGAUUGAAUUAAAGCCAAACUUUAAAACAACUGUCACUCAAAUCAAGUUUGCAGAUUCACAGAUGAUGUCAGUUACAUCUCUGAUUUAAAUCCAAAUAUGCCCAGGUCGCAUUUGACAAAAAAAAAAAAAAUCGGAAUUCUUCACUGCAAGAAACAACCAGAUACACAUGGGCAAAA